UCAAUAAUUUGACCAAAAAUAAGCAAUCCACUCUGUUUCAAGCUGUCAACAAAACAUGUCGUCGUCUUCUUCUUCUUGCCAAUAAAAACAUUCUUGGUUUAGGAAAUAAAUCUCCUGAUAAUAAGAAGAAAACGCGUAGGGGACUAGAGAAGCAAUGAUGAUUCGUGUUGUUCUUCUUCUUUGUUUCGUUGUCACCAUCCCUGCCGUAGUAUUCUCGGACGAUGAGACUAUAUAUGAGAUCCUCCAGGAGAACGGACUGCCGUUGGGGAUAUUUCCUAAAGGCGUGAAAGAUUUUAUAUUCAACGGCGAAACGGGACGGUUCUUGGUUUAUUUGAAUCAGUCGUGCGAUGCUAAAUACGAGACGGAGCUGCAUUAUGACGAGAAUAUUACGGGGACGAUAGGUUACGGUGAGAUCAGGGACUUGUCGGGAAUCUUGGCGCAAGAUCUGUUCCUUUGGUUUCCGGUUAAAGGGAUACGAGUCGAAGAACCUAGCUCCGGUCUCAUUGUUUUUGACGUUGGCGUAGUUCGCAAGCAAUACUCGUUGUCUUUGUUCGAGACGCCUAGGGAUUGUGUAGCUGUUCGUGGUGAAAACAAGGUUCAGUCAUCUGUAUUUCCAUUGUAUCAAGUAGAUCAAACUCUCGGGAGAGAUGUUAUUUAGCCGGAGUUUGAAAGGAAUGUUGUUAUAAUAUUAUACAAGAAAGAUAGACAGAUGCUCUCAUCAAUUCUUGAAGAUUUUAAACCUUUUUGGUCUCAAGUCAUUAAAAAAAAAACUCAAGGUUCAUUGUAUUCCUCCUCAGUCUAGGGAUUGGAUUCUCAUAUUGUGAGGGACUGAACUGAGAAAAGUAAGAUAAAAAGAACAAUAUCUACUUGUUUUUUGAGAGAUGGUAAAAGAAUGGAUCAGUUUUUAAUAAGGUGAUGAAUGUUCUUUUUUUUGUC